CAAAUCAGCCGCGGGGGCGGUGAGCCGAGGAGAAGGAGGAGGAACGAGAGGAGGAGGAGGAAGAUCCCGACCAAGAGAAGGGGACCCGAGAAAGGGGGCGAGCGACCGAGCGCGGCGACGGGGGUGAGUGUGGUGUAAAGGAAUUCAUUAGCCAUGGAUGUAUUCAUGAAAGGACUUUCAAAGGCCAAGGAGGGAGUCGUGGCUGCUGCCGAAAAAACCAAACAGGGUGUGGCAGAAGCAGCGGGAAAGACAAAAGAGGGUGUUCUCUAUGUAGGCUCCAAAACUAAGGAAGGAGUGGUCCAUGGUGUGACAACAGUGGCUGAGAAGACCAAAGAGCAAGUGACAAAUGUUGGAGAGGCGAUGGUGACAGGGAUGACAGCAGUCGCACAUAAGACAGUAGAGGGAGCCGGGAACAUUGCAGCCGCUACUGGCUUUGGCAAAAAGGACCAGUUGGGCAAGGGCGAGGAAGGAGCGCCACAGGAAGGAAUUCUGGAAGACAUGCCCGGGGAUCCUGACAACGAGACUUAUGAAAUGCCUUCCGAGGAAGGGUAUCAAGACUAUGAACCUGAAGCCUAAGAACUAUCUCUGCUCCCGGUUUCUGGAGAUCUGCUGACAGAUGUCCCAUCCUGCACAAGUGCUCAGUUCCACAACCCAGUGACUUUCCCCAAGUAUGUACAGCGUAUUCUGAAGUCUUCCAUCGGCAGUGAUGGAAGCACGUGUACCUGCC